AGUGGUUCCUUUAUAAACCAAACCACUCUCCCUACCCCCCAAAUAGCAGUCGUCUCUUUCUGAAACUUGCACGAGACUUUUCUUGCAACCGCCGAUAGGUAUGACGACAAUUCUGGCAACACACGGCAUUGAGCUAGGAUCCACUGAUCUGCUAACGCGUGAAGUGGCAGAUUUUAGUGUCAUGAGAUAUGCUGGUCAGCACGCCUGUUGGUUCGAAACUGUGAUUCUUAGUGCCAUGUUGGAAAGUCGAGUUCUUAUCUUCCUUCUUUUGCUGGUGGUUUCGGGGACGUCCGCAACGCUCUCAUCUCGGAGAUAUGGCGACCUACAUCCGGAGGAAAGAAUGACGCUAGUUGAGAAAAUGAAAUACGUUAUGCCAAGAGAUGCAGACGGCGCUGCAGAGACGAGUGGUUACCCAGGCCUGCCAACUCGUGGGUGCCCCUUUUUCAUGAAUAUCACGAGGCAGCUCGAGGAGCAGCGGCACCAGCGAGAAGAAGCGAUUAAAGCAGCCUUCAAAACUGUCAAGACGUUGAUCGCAAGCGGGGAAAACUGCAGUAAUACGACCGAAGUCAGGAAUGAAAUUCUGGCAACGCUGAAUGCUUCUCUGACGUGUGAGCCAAAGCCCGCUUGCGACCCUUCCAAGGCGUACCGGGAAAUCGACGGUAGCUGCAAUAACCUGGAGCACCCAGACUGGGGAAAAACCGACUCCUGCCUCCGGCGUGUGCUGAGCCCAGCCUACGCAGAUGGUGUAUCCAAACCCAGGCUUGCCUGCGACGGCUCUCCGCUUCCGAGCGCCCGGCUUGUCUCCAUGACUCUUCAUGAGCAGAAGAACGUGACACACAAAAAUUUGACCCACCUGGCUAUGAUUUUCGGACAGUUCGUGACCCACGACAUCACCUUCGUGUCCUUCGCCCCAUUGUCGCACAUUGAGUUCGAACUCGGACCUGGACCAUUUGAUCUUUGUCACGAGGAAGACGAUCCAGAGUGUAUUCCCAUUGCUGUGCCUCAGAACGACACAUUUUACAGAAACUACAACGUCACGGAACUUCCGAUACUUCGUUCCUUAUAUUGCCGAAAGUGUGAAAAUGGUUACCGAGACCAAGUAAACUCGCGCACCUCGUUCCUCGACCUCUCUCAUGUCUAUGGAAUCAAUUGGGAUAUACAUGCGUCUUUCCGAACUUUCGAAAAAGGUCUACUCAUAAGCCAAGAGGUGCAAGGCGCAGAAUUUCCACCGGACAGUCCAUUUCCCUACGCCGACAACUGUAGUAUACCGAAGGAGAACAGGAAGUGCGCGUGGGCAGGGGACCUGCGAGCAACUCAGCACAUUGCCCUGCUCUCGAUGCAAACACUGUGGCUAAGGCAGCAUAACAGGAUCGCGAAAAACCUUUCUGCAAUGAAUCCUCACUGGGACGAUGAGACGGUCUUCCAAACUACCAGGCGAAUCUGCGAAGCACUCUUUCAGAACAUUGUGUUCAAGGAAUGGCUGCCAUGGAUGCUGGGCGAGACAAAGAUGAAAGAGUUCCAACUCACACCGAAAGACAGCAACUACACCGACUACAACGACAGCAUCGACCCCACUCUUACCAACGAGUUCUCCGCUGCCGCGUUUCGUUUCGGGCACUCCCAAGCAGACAAAAACUUCUGGAGGGUGGGUAAAAAUAAUGACUGGCUGGAACCUUCUAAUCUCUCAACUGGAUAUUUCGUGGCACACAACAACAGUGAAGGCCUUCACGACGACGUACUUCGAGGGUCCCUGCUGCAGCCUAUGCAGCAGUUUGACAGGUACGGUGACCACAGUGUCACGCAAAACUUGUUCCGCCAACAGCACCUCGAGUACGGUUCCGACCUUUUCGCCACCGACAUUCAAAGGGGCCGGGACCACGGUCUCCGUCCCUACGCCGACUACGUGCAACACUGCCGGAACAUUACGCUGACGGAUUUCGACAGCCUAAAAGGCAUUGAUGGCAGACGAUAACACCACAGAGAUAUUAAAAGCUCUCUAUAGAAACGUGACUGACGUUGACUUAUUUUCUGGUGGCCUUUCUGAAAAGCCAAUUGAAGGAGCACAGGUUGGCGAAACAUUCGCCUGCAUCAUCGCUAGUGUUUUUCAAGCGCUGAAGUACGGCGACAGAUUUUACUACGAGCAUGGCAACCAGUCAGGCUCUUUCACACAUGCCCAGCUACAGUCCAUUCGAAAUAUCACAUUGGCCUCAGUAUUCUGCAAGAACAUAAAAGGGCUGGCGUGUAUUCAAAAAAAUGUCUUCCUUCUCCCGGGCAACAGCAACACUCAAGUGGUCGAGUGCUCAGGAAUACCAGAUGUGGACUUGUCCUUGUGGAAUAAUUCUACUGAGGUUGAUGCAGAAAACGAAGCAACAACAGCAAACACGAAAUCUGCCUCAUAAAUGACAUACUUCAAAACUUGUGUAUAAUCAACAUACUUAUCAAUGACCAAGCGAGUUAGCAAAUGCAAAUAUAUUUCAAGGGUUUGAAGCAGUUUCAUUGCGAUGAAAUGAUAUCCCCUAGGUUCAUACACCUUUAUAGGAUGCAAUAAAAUUAUUAUGAAGACUG